AAUCGUCUGGAUUCUCCCUACAUUUAUGUGAUGUUCGGACUCCCGAGAAAAAAUAACAUUAAGAUAAAUAAAUUGUUAAUUAAUUAAGAGACACCUAUGAGAAAUCUUGGAUUUGAGACAUUAUUGAUAAUAAUAGGUAUAUUAUAAUGUUUCUACUAGAUAAAAAAGUAAUUUUGAUUAGAUUUCACGUCACGGCCACUCGCUUCGCUCGACUCGCAAUAGUUAGGUUUGGCCAUUAACCGGCCGCUAGCGGGCGCUAGUAUCACUCGAGACGUCAUUGUGGUUGGAUGUGUCGCCUGUUGCGGUUACAUUCACAACUUGUUACGACAAACGAUCACAAAAUCAUCGAAAAACAAACUUGUGACAGUGAAGUUCGCAGUGUUCAGUGCUUUGUUUAGUGAACAACGUAUUCUUGUGCAUAUCUCCAUUGAGUUUUGAGUGGUUUUUCAAAGAAAUCUCUUGUAAAACUCGUAUUAACGGAACUUUGGUCGUGGCGGAUUUGCCGUCGAUUCUAUCGGGUUAUUCGUGGGUUCGCGAUGGUGGUGUGACCCGGCGUGAUGAUGAGACUGGACGAGAAACAACACCGCUACCACAACCUGCUCCACGACGACCAUGCCAAUGAAAUGCUAGAAGGCGAGGGGGCGGGGCUGGCAGCACGCGUGGCUGACCUGGAGGUGCGAUGCGCUCGGCAGGCCGAGGAGCUGCUGUGUCUUCGCUCCACUCUAGCAGAUGCUCUGCGAAGACUCAACGCGUUGGAAGGCCGCCCCGCCGCACCUGCAGGACCUAGGAAUGGGACUUACACAGGGUCAUCCGGGACUCCCACCAGAGAGCUGCGCCUGAGGCAGCCCGCGUACCGGGAGACAGCCAAGCGCACCUCCAGCUACGGCUCCACAGCCUCAUCCUUACCACAGAGACGCGGCCCUCAGCACCAGUCGACGGGCUCGCUGCAGUCGGACUCGCCGGCGUCGUCGUCGUCGCUGUCGCCCGCGCCCUCGCCCUCGCCCCGCGCCACGCCCGCGCCGCCCGCCCCGCCUCAACCGUACAGGUCCCGCAACAACUCUACGUCCAGCAACCAGAGCGCGUCUCCAGGCCACCUCACCAAGCGGUGGAACUCCACGGGGGACUUCAACGCACACGGACUCAUAGCCACAUCCAGAUUUACAACCACAAAGUCGUUGCUAAAUUUGUAUUCUAAGCCGUCACAAAAUGGGCCUAUAUUGAAGCACGGCACCCACACGUGUCAAUACAACGAGGAGGAUGGUUCCAUGCGGAUGUACCUCCGCGGUCGGCCCGUGGUGCUGUACGGGCCCAGCGACCACGACGCGAUGGACCCAGCGAAGGUGGCGCCCCCGCCACAGAACAAACUCAAGCUGGAGUGGGUCUAUGGAUACAGAGGCAAGGACUGCCGCAGCAACCUGUACCUCCUACCAACUGGCGAGAUAGUUUACUUCGUGGCGGCUGUGGUCGUCCUAUUCAACGUGGAUGAGCAAUGCCAGCGUCACUACACUGGCCAUACGGACGACGUCAAGUGUCUGGCCGUGCACCCUAACAAGCUCAUCAUAGCUAGUGGACAGUGCGCGGGUCAUGACCGGCUAGACGCUAGGCCACACGUGCGCGUAUGGAACAGCGUAUCCUUGGCCACUCUAGCAGUGGUGGGAGCAGGACAGAUGGAGCGUGCGGUCGCCUGUCUCACCUUUUCUCGCGCGGACGGCGGCGCGCUGCUCGCUGCCGUCGACGACGGGCCAGACCACACCCUCUCCGUCUGGGAGUGGCAGCGAGAUAAAGGGCACUGUCUGGCCGAGACCAAGUGUUCAGUGGACACAGUAGUGGCUGCCGAGUUCCAUCCCCUGGACCGCAACCAGAUCGUGACAUGCGGCAAGAACCACAUCGCCUUCUGGACCCUGGACCAGACCAAUAUGCUGUACAAGCGGCUAGGAAUAUUCGACUCCAGAGACAAGCCCAAAUACGUCACGUGCCUUGGUUUCAACCAGGAUGGCGACGUCCUAUCCGGGGAUUCGUCCGGCAACAUAAUCGUUUGGGCCCGCGGGACCAACACGGCCAGCCGGGUGGUGCGGGGCGUACAUUCCGGGGCCGUAUUCUCCGUCUGUUGCCUUAAAGACGGACGCGUGCUAACUGCAGGCGGGAAGGACGGACGAAUAGUCGCCUUCGACGCGGAGAUGAACGCCACGGGAUUGGAGGCGGUGAUCGAGGGUCACUACGGCGGUGUCCGAGUGAUAGCGGAAGGUCGCGGCAGUCAAGUAUUCGUGGGCACCACCCGCAACUGUAUCCUGCAAGGAGACCUGGAGUUGGGAUUCACUCCAGCAGUACUGGGUCACGUAGAUGAAGUCUGGGGUUUGGCAGCACAUCCGUCUUUGAAUCAGUUCGCGACGGCCGGCUGGGAUCGCCUGCUGCAGCUAUGGGACGGGCUUAGUCACUGCACCGUCUGGAGCAAGGAUAUUGAGGAGCGGGCCCAAUGUUGCGCGUGGUCCACAGACGGCGGGGUCCUGGCUGUGGGGACCCUCACGGGGGCCUGGCUGGUGUUCCAUCCCCACUCCCGCGCCCUGCUGGCCACCCACCACGACGGUACUGAGCCGAUUCAGACAAUCCAGUACUCGCCGGACAACAAUAUGGUCGCCAUCGGAUCCCGAGACAACUUCAUCUACGUUUACCGGGUCGAAGAAAACGGCUCACGGUACAGCCGCGUUGGGAAGUGUCUGGGUCACUCAAGCUUCAUCACCCAUCUGGACUGGUCUGAAGAUAGUCAAUACAUCAGGAGCAACUCUGGAGACUACGAGCUGCUGUUCUGGAACGCAACAACAUGUCGCCAAGUGACUAGCCCCACUAGCGUGCGUGACGUCACGUGGGCCACCAACUGCUGUCCCAUUACGUAUACCACCGUGGGAGUGUGGCCAGACAGUGCUGACGGCACUGACCUUAAUUCCUGCACCAGAUCUCACGACGGCCGACUUGCCGCUACAGGCGAUGACUUCGGUAAAGUGAAGCUCUACGCGUAUCCUGUAACGCAACCUAAGUCUCUUUGCCACCAAUACGGCGGGCAUUCAUCUCACGUGACCUGCGUUCGAUUCCUGAGCGAUGACUCUCGACUCGUGUCCUCUGGUGGGGCAGAUACCGCACUAAUGCAGUGGAUCGUCGACUAAACUACACCUUAAAACCAUUAGCAUAAGGUCGAUAGAUAAGAUUACAGAACAAAAGGCAGAUGAAACGCACGGAACAUACAAGUAUAAAUAAUAAUAAUAAAUCUUUAUUCAAUAUCAAUUAUUACUAGGGAUGGGCCGACUAGCCGCCGACUAAUCGGUAAAGACGACUAUUCGGCAUCGUUUAUAGUCGGCGACUAUUAGGCAAGAACAUACCGAUUAUUAUAAUCGUCACAUAACAAUGAAAGAAAACUCAAAACUUACGCUUGUCACUGCCGGAUUUAGGGGAGGGCAACCGGGGCGAAAGCCCCGGGGCCUCCACAAUCGGUGGCCCCCACAAUAGAGACUUCGGAAAAACAAUCUUUCAAAUUCCAACUAGUAAACACUAGUAAACAUCUUUUCCUUUGAUAUUUUUUUUUGCUUUUUUACCUUUACCUACAGCCUACAGUACUUUGUACAUCUAACAUACAUGAUUAUUUGAUUAUAUUAAUCUCAGGGCCGAAUUAAAGGCAAGGCUGUGGCCCAGGGGCCUCCACAACAGCUUAAGAAAUAACAAAAUUUCGAUGGGUUAACAAGCAUACAAAUCCUAAGUGGCCCGGGGCCUCCACAAUCCUAAAUCCGGCCCUGACGCUUGUUUUGAAUAUUUGAACAGUACCUAGAGUAUGUAUUUAAGUUACCUACAGUCUUCAAAUAUUUGAAAAAAACGGUAACUUCUUAACAAUUAGUAACUUAGGGAUCUGUCAUUAAUUCAGAUAACUUAACACAAUGAAUAUCGAACAUAACAAAAUACCAAUGGGCAGUAAGUUUGUAUUAAAUGAGUAAAAUCUUAGUGCUAGCGAGUCUUAAAGAAGUCCAUAGGUAAAAAUUUUUUUUAGGGGCAA